GUACACUUCAAUACAAGUGAUUUCAUCUAAUACCGUGGUUCCUCAAAGAUUAGAAUGAAAGUUUCAUUUUUAUCUUUUGGCCUAGGCCUACUAUUGUUGCAUGUGUGUUUGGCAAGUGAGAUUCUAAUUGGGAAACAUUCUCACGCCUACACCCACGAUAGUAUCAGAAACAAUCAGGAAAACAGUCUUGGGAUAUAUAAUGGUAAAAAAACAACUAUAGCAAAAUUUCCCUUUAUGGUACCCACAAGGAGAUCUGUCGUUCCGGGUAGGGAGUACCAACACUGUGUGAAGGGCGGCCAGCUCUUCACUGCAGACAAGGUUUUAGUGAACGUGAACUACACUGGUUCCUGGGACUACGACAUCGUAGUCGUCAAGCUCAACAAGCCCAUUAAAUUCGGCAAGUACGUCAAGCCCAUUAAACUAGUAACUACAAGCCUCAAGCCGAAGACUAAGGUUGCGAUUGCGGGAUGGGGACCAGCGUCGCAAUCUGAAGUCGUUUCGCUAAACUUGCUAACAGCUAAAGUGACAGUUUACAACAGGAGGAAAUGUGCAGAAACCUACUCCGACCUGACAUCGAGACAAUUAUGUACAUAUGACACGAAAGUUGGUCCUUGUGAUUCUGACUGCGGAGACCCUCUGGUGUACAAGAAUGCAGUGUACGGAUUGUACGCCGGUGGUUACAACUGUCUCUCUGUCCCUGCUGUGUACGUGGAUGUGCCCUCAUUUGUCGAGUGGGUCAAAAAUACCAUAAAGGAGUGACAGGCGGGACGGACUGAGACUGAGAAAUAAUGGCUGAAUAAAUACAAUUGUCCUUGGAAUUUCUUUUUAUUGUCUUCUUAAUUUGACAUUAACUCAUAAUAAACCAUACAUGUUUUAAGCAGGCUAAA